AUGUUGGAUAUGAUGGAUAAAGAUGUUCCAUCAAAUUCCAGCCCUGUGCAGAGCAAAGUUCCACAAAGCUCAAAGGUUGGGGCCACUGUGGAGGUGUCUUCCAUCCUGACACCUACCAGUGCUGUUGACUUGACAGUGCAGGAGGAGGAGGAGGUAACACCAAUGGCUGUGUCGUCUGCAAGGGCUUCAACUUCCAGGGCUGCAGAAGUGGCUGCGCUGGACUCAGGUUUCCCUACACGGCACACUGGGUCCAAGAAAGGUAAGGGCAGUGCUGAAAAAAACAUCAAAGGUAAGAGUGAUGUUGAUCCUACUGCUUGCAUGUGUUCAGAAAAGUUGCAAUCCUCCGUUGUUGCUGGGACUAAAGUCAGGGCGGCAUCAUUUCCUUUAGAUUAUAAUGCAUUGAUGGCAUGUAGUGUUGCGGCUGUGAUCAAACAUGGAAUUGCUCCUGUUUGUACAUGGCAAAAGUCAGAUGUUGAUGACAUACGUGCAGAAGGGAUGAAGUUGAAUGGUUAUGUCACUAUAGCAAGCCAGGAAAGUGGUAAACGGAAGGAAAUGUAAUUGAUUGAACAGCACAGUGUGUUUGGCAGGAGCUCUAAAGUACGUAUUGAAAAGCCAGUGUACGGAGAUUUUGGGUUGUUGGAAGAUGAGACUGUGCUUUACGAAAAGCUACAAGAACAUCUGUUGAGGGAUGGAAUGUGUCUGUUGAAUCGCCAAGGUGCAGUUUGUGCAGUUAUUCAUCACGGAGAUCUUUUUGUUGUAGUCGAUUGUGGCACACGUGACGCGUCUGGUUUGGCAGCCACUUUUGGCACAUCUGUGGCUGUUUUCAACACAUGCCUCAAUGACCUGAUGCUUCACAUCUUUAGUUUAAAGAACUGUUUGAAGGCACAGUCGUUUGGCGUUAGUAGCAUUUCUGUGACGGGGCAAGUUGAUCUUGACAGGCAGAAUGGUACUAGCUCUGUCGGGAUUGAACAUUACAUAGGAUCUGUCAGGGGAUCAUUCCAUCAGGGGGAUUCUCGGUUCCAAUACGGAGGACUUCAGUGUAUGGCUAUAGGUUUGGUAGGCCUAGCAAAACAUACAAUUGACAGUGUGUUUUCAUGGCAGUCGGACGACUUGGAUGAAGUGGUAGUUUUAGGUGACAGCUUGUACACCUCUUUGCGGGACAGCAACUUAAUUGCUGAUGUGUCCAAAAUGCUGUGUGUUCCAGAUUUGCCCAAACAGUCCGUUAUUGACGGUCACAAGUUUGAGUUUGAAUAUGGUGACUAUGUCACUGGAGAGGUCGAUGUUGUUGAGGGAGAGCUUAUUGAGGCAGGUGUGUACACAACUUUAAGAAAUGGGUUAGAUAAAAUAUGCAUGAAAUAUAACACAUGCUUUCUGACAUUGAAUGGUAAUACAUGUGCAAUCAUUGGUCAAGAUGGACAGUACGCUGUGGUUGACUCUCAUGCACGCAGUGUGACUGGGUUGAUUGAUGAGAAAGGGCAGAGUGUUGUUGUGUAUUUUAGUUGCCUUGAACACGUAUAUGAUCACAUUUGCAAAUUCGCAACUGUGUUUAGAAAAACUCAAAAGCUUUUUGAGAUUGCUGGUGUCCGUGUUUCUCACAAAGGUUCUGUUCUUUCCUUGGGUCUGAGCGUGAAUCUUGAAUCCACAGUGAGUGGUGAGAGUGAGUUGGGUUGUGCUUUACCUCAAAUGAGUACUCUUCAGCCAACACCUGGCUGCACCAAGAGUCAGAGAGGUUCAAAGAGGAAGAGAUCCUCAGGAACAUUUACAUCUAAGAAAAUGAAAAGUAGUGAUGUUUCAGAGGUAGUACAUGUAGGUGAUGAUUCAGAUGUAGAGUUUGUAGGUGAGGAUGUGAGUAGCAAACUGCAGUUUAAUCCUCUUUGUAAGGAAGUUGCACAAGCUCUGUGCACACAAUUAAAUGUAGAGUCACAGAAAGUUGAUUUAGUAUCUACAAACGUUGGUGAGUUAGGGCCUCCAUGUAGUAAUGAUAAAAUAGUUGGUGAUGGAAGCUGUUUUUUUAGAGCAGUCAGUCAAGCUGUGAGUGGCACACAGAGUUAUCACAAAGAAAUUAGACGUUCUGUGGUUAAGCAGUUGGAAAGAAAUAGUUUGUUAUAUGAGGGAAUGUUGAGAACUGAGUAUUCAUCAAUGGUGGAAUACCUCAGUAUUUCUAAAAUGCACUUAGUUCGCAGUUGGGCGACAGAAAUUGAGAUUCAAGCCGCAGCAGAUUGUUUAGGAGUAAAUAUAUUCACAUAUUGUAAUGGUCGGUGGCUUGAAUAUAGUUGCAAGAAUAGGCAGUUGUCAACAGGAGUGUAUUUGGAAAAUUGCAAUGGUAACCAUUAUGAGACAGUAGUUUGUGUUAAACACCCCAAAAAGAGUUGUUAUGGCUACUGCAAAGUUGUGGCUCCUUGUUCUAGGGUGUACAAUUUUAGAACACAAAGUAGAAAGCAGAAUAAUGUCAUAGACCAGGAGCAUAGUAUAUUGUCUGGAAUGGACACAGAUUGUGUGGUAAUGUCUAGGGAUGUGAGUAAUGUGGCAUUAGAAUUUAAUCCUUUGUCUACUAAAGUUGCAAAAACAUUGUGCAGUAAGUAUAAUGUGGAUUUUGUAAAGCAGGAUGUGCUAGGGCCAACAGUGUCUGGUUCUUUGGGUAAUGUAUGUAAGACAGUUAAAGUUGUAGAGAACGGCAGUAGUUUCUUUGGAGCAGUAGCUCAAGUGAUCAGUGGUUCCCCAAAGAGUCAUAAAAAGAUAAGACUUGCUGUAGUUAAGUAUAUGAAAAGUCACAGUGAAGAACACGUGCAGUUAGUUGGAACAGGAUAUGCUUCGAUAUCAGAGUAUAUUGAACAGUCGCGGAUGAUGUAUGUUGCCACUUUUGCCACAGACGUAGAAUUCCAGGCAACAGCAAAUGCUUUUGGGGUGGACAUUUUCAUAUACAGUGGUGACAGAUGGCUUACAUACAGCUGUAAGGGAGCGAUAUUUUCAAAUCAAGGCAUUUUUAAACGCAAUGAGCUAACUUAUUUUGAGUCAGUGGUUUGUGUCCAGCAUGUUGAUGAGCAGAGAUGUUAUGAGUUGUGUAAAGCAGAAAGUUAUGAAAAAAGUUCACAGAAAUACAGGGAUAAUCUGUUAUUUAGGCAGAAAGUUAAGAAAAUGAGUUUAAGUAAGUAUCAUGGUAGUAUUGAGCAUAAGAAGCGUGUUACAGCAGGUAACAAAUUGAGGAUGCAACAAAAGAAAGAAAUGGCAGGGCAAUUUGAUUAUGUUAUGGAGCAGUUUUUGGAUAAAGUAAAAGAUGGGCCAGAUUUUGUGUGUUGUGUUUGUCAUAGACUGUUGUUUAAACAUCAAGUCUUGAACUGUAAAAGCAGUGAUUACAAGAUGAAGGAAGGUAUAGCGUUAAUUGCAGAUAAAUGUAUUUCUCAAGAUUAUUUACACACAUGUAGUAAAGAUUGUGUACUGCCGUGCCAGUGGUUGGAUACGCCUAGAGGUCAGCUGUGGAUUUGUUACACAUGUCAUUAUAAGAUAAAUAGAGGUGAAGUGCCACCUGAAUGUGCACAGAACAACUUGGCAGUUCAUCCUGUUCCUAAAGAACUCGAGUGUUUGAAUAGUUUAGAGGGACAUUUGAUUGCGUUACACAUUCCAUUUAUGAAGAUGUUGGCAUUACAAGGCGGGCAAAACGGGAUCCACGGGCCAAUCACAUGCGUUCCAGCAAAUAUUGUACAAACUAGUAACUUGCUGCCCCUGUCUAACAUGGAAGGAUCUUUGUUGCCGGUGAAGUUAAAACGCAAGUUAACCUAUAAAGGACAUUAUGAAUAUCAAUAUGUUGAUACUAUGCGCAUUAGGCAGGCUUUGCGUUGUUUAAAAGAGACAAAUGUGCAUUAUAAAGAUGUAGUGUUUAAUGAAGCUUGGUUAAACAAGUUUUGUAGGGAAGCAGAUGCUUUAAACAAAAACAGUGAGUCUAAUGUAGAAAGGGAAGAACCAUCUGACGGUGGGGAAGAUGAACUUCUACAUGAUAGACAGCAACAUUGUAUGUUUCAGGACACGUGUCUCAUGCCUGUUGAUAUUGGUCAGGAAGCGUUGGAUCAAUAUUUUGAUGAUAUAUUGAAUUUGGCUCCAGCAGAAGGAAAUAGUCCUGUGAAAUUGUUGACUGAUCAUACCAAUGAAGCCAAAUGCUUCCCAGUGUUGUUCCCAAACGGGUGCUCUACAUACCAUGAUAGUAGACAGCAUCGUUUGACAAGGUCGCGUUAUUUUAACAACAGGAUUUUACAUGCUGAUGGUAGAUUUGCAAAAAAUGUUGAGUUUAUCUUUUUUGGUCUGUACAGUUAUGAGCUUGAACAAAUUGUGUCAAAUGUGUCUAUAGCUUUACGGAAAGGAAAAUCAGGUGGUAGAUCUCAAAAAGUUAUUGAUGUUUUGAACAAUGAGGAAUUUAAGAAGUUGUUGGAGUUUGAUGAUGGCUACCGUUUCCUUAAACCUAUUAGAGGUACCCCAGCUUUUUGGCAGGGAGCACAGCGGGACCUGUUGGCUUGCGUUCGUCAGCUCGGUGUCCCGACAUGGUUUUGUUCAUUUUCUUCUGCUGAUAUGCGGUGGAAAAGUCUUCUUAAUAGUAUUUUGAAACAGGAAGGAAGAACGCAGACAGUUGAGGAUUUAGAAUGGGCAGACCGAUGUGAGCUUUUACGUUGUAAUCCUGUCACUGCAGCAAGAAUGUUUGAUUUUCGCUGGCAUUGUUUUUUGAGGGAAGUGCUGAUGUCUCCAUCACAUCUUGGCAAAAUAAAGGACUACUUUUAUAGGGUGGAAUUCCAGCAGCGUGGUUCACCACAUGUCCAUUGUCUAUUUUGGAUUGAGAAUGCUCCUGUAAUUGAUAAAAACACAGAUGAAGAGGUAAUUCAGUUUAUUGAUCGGUAUGUCACAUGUGAAUUACCGUCACAAGAUGAGCCCUUAAAGGACAUUGUGACAUCUGUGCAACAGCAUUCAAAGCGACACUCAAAAACUUGUAAAAAGAAUAAAACGGUUUGUCGUUUCAAUUUCCCCAGGCCAGCGUCCACUCGAACAUUUAUAUGUCGUAGCAUCGUUGAAGACGAGAGCAAAACAUGUGUAUGUACGGUUGAUGCAGCUCAAGGGAUGGCAGAUUGUGCAUGCAAGAAACAGGGGCAGGAACAACCUCCAAAAAUGGAAAAAGAGAAAGCAUCAAAGAUUUUGACAGCAAUUAAGGAUGCUCUAUCAGAUGAGCAUGCUAGCUAUGAUAGUGUGGAAGAGUUGUUUAGGCAUUUAGGUAUAAAUCAAACGGUUUUUGAAGCUGCAUAUAAUCGUUUUGGUAAAACACAUGUCGUGUUGAAAAGGCAGGUUAAUGAGGUGUGGAUUAAUCAAUAUAGCAAACUACUGUUAAAAUGCUGGAAUGCAAAUAUGGACAUCCAAUUUGUUGAUAAUGUGUAUAAAUGUGCAGUUUAUAUCAUUUCUUAUAUGUCAAAGGAUGAAAAAGAUGUGGGACUAUUCUUGCUCAAUGCACUUCGGGAAGCAGCUAAGGAAGGAAAUUUAAGUGCAAAAGAGGCAUUGAAAAAUUUAGGUAGUGUGUAUUUACACAACAGAGAUGUGUGUGCUCAAGAGGCUGUGUAUAGGUUAACAAAUAUGCAUCUGAAGGAAUGUUCAAGGAAAGUUGUGUUUGUGCCAGUAGGGGAUAAUGUGGUGAAAAUGAGUUUGCCUUUAAGUGUGUUAAAACAAAAGGCAUCAUCACAAGAUCUUAGCACAGAAGACAUGUGGAUGACUAGUUCUGUGGAUAGGUAUAAGAAGAGGCCAAAAGAUGCUUGUUUUAAUGACAUGUGUAUGGCAACGUUUGCAUCGGAGUACCGUGUUCUGUCUAAAAACGAAAGGUCCGUUAACAGGAUAAAACUUGAAAAUGAUUGUGGUUUUAUUAUGAAAAGAACGCGUACACAACCUGCAGUUAUUCGUUAUGUGCGCUUUUCUGAGACAAAGAGCCCAGAGUUGUUUUAUCAGAGUAUUCUGCAAUUGUUUCUGCCAUAUCGGGAAGAUGUGCAGUUAAAACCCAGAGGUUUUGAGAAGUAUGAAGAGUUUUACAGUAGUGGUCGUGUGAGAUUAGGGGAUGGAUUGUUACAUUUGGUCAAGUCUGUUGUUAAUUUAAAUAGAAGCAAAUUUGAAAUAAAUGCAGAUGAGUUGGACGAUAUCCAAAAUGCAGUUGAUAGGGAUGGUGUUGGAGAAGAUGCCUGGUGUGAGCUGUGCCCAGAGCAAGAAUUGGAACGUUUAGAGUGUAAACAGCUGAUUGAGGAUAAAAUUCAGAUGUUGGAUGAAGAGAUAGAAAAUAUUCCGGAUUUAGGAGUGAGUAGGGAUCAAGUUGCACAUUUGGAAAAAAAAAAUAACAUCCUGUGCAGAAGUGAUGGUCUGGCGUUACUUCGAUCUCUGAAUGAGACACAGAUGUGUAUUUUUUAUCAGAUUAGACAGUGGUGUUUAGAUAAGGUAAUGGGGAAAAAGCCAGACCCAUUACGUGUUUUCAUUACAGGUGGUGCAGGGACAGGAAAGAGCCAUUUAAUAAAGGCUAUCCAGUAUGAGGCAAUGAGGUUGUUGUCGACAGUGUGUCGUCACCCGGACGAUACUUGUGUUGUGUUAACUGCGCCAACAGGCAUAGCUGCAUACAAUUUACAUGCAGCUACUAUCCAUAACACGUUUUGCAUUGGUAAAGAUGUACGCUUACCGUACACGCCUUUGGGUGAAGAAAAGGUUAAUUCCUUACGUGCUAAAUAUAGUAGCUUGCAGAUGUUGAUAAUUGACGAAAUCUCCAUGGUUGAUCAUAAGAUAUUGGCUUAUAUCCAUGGUAGGUUACGACAGAUUAAACAAACUGAUUCCCCUUUUGGGAAUGUUAGUGUAGUUGCUGUUGGGGAUUUUUUCCAGUUGCCUCCAGUGAGAGGGAAACCCCUGUAUGUUGGUGAUGUAGGUGUGGAUUUGUGGUCUAGCCUGUUUAGCGUUGUUGAGUUGAAAACAAUCGUUCGGCAGAAAGAUAUUGUGUUUUCAGAGUUGUUGAACAGAGUGAGAACUCGUUCAAAGGGGAACCCGAUGCUAGACGGCGACAUUAAGAUAUUGAAACGUUGUGAGACUGGUGAAGUUAGCUCAGCUUUACACAUAUUUCCUACAAAUAAACAAGUAAAUGAGCACAAUAUUAAUCAACUACUUAAGAAUUGUCCUGAAUAUGUUGCGAUAAAUGCUCAAGAUUUUGUUAAUAGUAAGAAAACAGGCAAGCUUGAGUUAAUGAAGGGGCAUCAUGCAAAAGCAUACAAUACGUGUUUGGCUGAAACACUGCUUUUAGGCAAAGAUGCCCGUGUUAUGUUGUGUAAAAAUGUAGAUGUAAUGGAUGGUCUGGUUAAUGGUGUGUGCGGCACAGUAACGCAUAUAGUUUAUCCCAACGACGAUAAAAAGUUUCCUCAAACUGUGUACAUCAAAUUUGAUGAUGAUCAUAUUGGUGCACAGAGGAGGAAACGCUGUGCAAAUGCUUCAGCAGUUGUAAUGGGAUCUACAAGUAUUGAAGCAGACGAGGACAGGGUUACUAAUAAAGGUGGAUUGCGCCGGCAAUUUCCUCUGAAACUUGCUUGGGCCUGUACAGUACACAAGGUACAAGGACUUACUGUUGAUAAAGCUGUAGUGUCCCUUGAAAAAGUAUUUUCUGCGGGACAGGCAUAUGUGGCAUUAAGUCGUGUCAGAUGUUUGUCAGGGUUGGUGAUUCAGGAUUUGAAGAAAGCCAUAUACUGCAACGAGAACAUUAAAGAUGCAAUUCAGAGUAUGCCUCCGUUCUUGGUUGAUAAUGUUACCGGGAACAAUUUCAAUACGCAUACUUUUACUGUGUUUUUGAUGAAUGUGCAGAGUUUGGCACGGCAUGUAGCAGAUUUAGCAUUAUGUACACAGCAUUUUCAGCUUAACUGUAUUGCUGUAACAGAAACAUGGCUGCCUGCUGCUGCCUCAUUAGAAAAUGUAAAGAUUGACGGAUACAGUUUCCAUAGCCGGCCACGAAGUCUGUCAUAUAGUAGUAGUAACCCAGUGUUAAUUGAAUUGCAAAGCCAGCAACAUGGUGGAGUUGGCAUGUAUAGUGCAGACAAUUUGGCCUGUGACAUUGUCCAAGUAGCAGAUAUGAAUUUGGAGUGUUUGGUGUACAAAUUUGCUAGUUGCGAUAUUGUAUUAGCAGUCAUUUAUCGUCCACCGUCCUAUCCAUUGUCUUUGUUCAAACAGCAUUUAGGUAAGUUACUUGAUUGGCUAGAUCCACUAAGUAACACAGUUGCUGUCAUGGGAGAUUUCAAUGAUGACAUUUUGAAAUCAUCAACAAUCUGCCAUUUGUUGACAAACAAAGGGUUUGUUCAACAUGUUAAACAACCAACAACCGAGAAAGGCACGUUAAUUGAUCAUGUGUAUGUAAAAACAACACAGUACGAUGUUGAAACUGUAGUGUGGCCAACUUAUUUCAGCGAUCAUGAGGGGGUUGUAUGUUCUUUUAACUGUAUAGGUUUUGAAAAGAAAUAG